UGUACUCGCCGGUGAAUCCCGCGCGUCGCGUUGCUAGUACCGAGUUCUAUUUUCCCGCGACGAUUAAUCAUAACCGCAUAGGCGUUCAUCGUUCGAAUUUUUGAACGGCGUAAAAUUUCCAUUAACGUUAUAUCGAUCGCGCUACCUGAACAUGUAGGGAUCUAGGCAUCGAUUCUUCGCCAUUUUCCGCUAUCUACGAUCAAACGUUACGGACUCGUGUGAUUAAUGCGCACCAGUGCCUCUCAACCUUUGGAGACUUUUACAUUCCAUAGACGGAUUUUUGUUUUCAUACAAUUUUAUUUUAUUUUCGAAUUCCUUGCGUUUCUCGUUUCCUUCGGAAACAUUCGGAAGAAUGCGCGAGGAAGUAGUGCGAUCGGAUUUAAUUUUAGCGGAGUAUACGUGUUCAUCGAUUUAUUUAUUUUUUUUUUAUUUUUUUUUUUUACGAGAGGAAUAUUUGACGACUCGAUAGGAACUCGACGUGUAGUCGUUGGAGGGAUAAAUGGCUUCCGGUCACGAAGAUUUUCACGUCUUUGUUACAGCGAUGCUCGCGACGAGUGUUGACCUCUCGGGAUUAUUAUGCAUGGCACACAUAUUACGGAAUGCAUGAAAAUAGCUCAUGCGUCAGUGUGUCAAACGCACACAGCGGGCGUGCAUAUAUUCGCUUGGGGUUCGUUGCUUCUUUAAAUCGUUCUCCACCCACCGCGGCCCGACUUUGCUUGGCUCCUGCGCGUUUUACGGAGCUGUUAACCAACGCUACAGGGUGUCCCUUCUAAACGAGUCGCUAAGCUGUUUUCGUAGAGAGUAAUCGAUUUCAUUUUUGGCCAGAGUUUACGGGGAAGAAUCUGAUCUUUUAACGCGCAGCAAACUUUACACGCGCUAACCCUACGUCCUAAUUGAAUGUCGCGCGGAAUCGAGCCGCGGCAGGAGCGGGGACAACGUGUAAUCUAAUCGACGAAAGGAUCUUGAUAAGUUAGCGCGAAUAGAACCUACACCUUGCCCCCGCUCUUGAGCGACAGUCGGUUAGAACGAGGCGUAACUUCUUUUUUUUUUCCAAACGAAUUCUAUUAUAUUUUUUGUUCUUUGGAUGGCUCUUGUAAGCCCAAAUGUUUUUAUUUCCCGAUCGCGGUUUGAAAGAUUCAUCGAAACUUCUCGGUUCGUCGCUCUGCCAAGGAAAAUAACGUCGAUCGUAUGGUACAGCAGACAUUUCGCGGAAACAUUUAGACUAGUGUAAAUGCACCGUUUUACGUUGGUAGUAAAUGUUGCGUCGAAGCUCACAAUGUUUUGAUAUCUGGUUUAGCGAUUCGAACUGCGAUAUCGAAUGCACAAUGCUUGUUUCUAUUUUUUGGGGAGGCUGAGAUAGGGAGCGAUUUAAAAAGGCUGGCGCAGAGGUGGGAGAACGUGAAGUUCGCCGUAUUAAGAAAGCCGUAACACUUUUGCCGCUGGGAAUCGGUGUUAUCGUGUUCUCCGAUAAGAGAUAAAGCAUCGGCGAAGUAUCGUCAGUCUUGCGCGAGUGUUCGGAUUCGAGUGACACAACCGCGUAGAAAUUAUAUACUCUCUCUCUCUCCCUCUGGCCACGAAAAUCGAAUAAAAGCGGAUCGUUUAAAAUUGUAUCGGCGAAGAUCGUCGCGAAGAUAAAGCUGUUGGCGAAAUUGCGCUUUCAACGCAACAGGUGGUUGCACGGUUGACGCGUCGCAAGCGAUCCACUUGCGAACCCUUUCUUGUUAAAUUGUGCUCGUUUACAUUCGAUCGGAUGUUUAUAACGUCAGAUUUGUUCAAUUAUCAUUCCAGAUGAUCGUUCGGAAUAUUCCGGGUAUUAUUUUUCUUCCUAAAUUGUAAAUCGAUAAGAUACACGAGUUUAUCGCGUAUAAAAUCAAUUUUUAUCGAUCGAAUGUUUUCAACGGAGAAUUCCGUGCAUUGUUUUUGUUCGUGAAUUAUAAUUUUAUGAUACAUACGGUCGCGAGUGUGGACGACUAGAUCGGAACUUAAGUGGUUACCUUAAGUGCUCGUAAAAUAUUCCGAUUGUCCUGGUCAACUCGACUUAAUGCGAUCGUUAAUUAUUGCUAAACGGUAAUAGGCGUGGUUACAAGAGCCGUGAAAGUUGGGUGAAUUUUCGCGUCGGACAUGUGUAAAGUUUAGUGGACGCGGCGAACAACGAGAAAUCGGACGGGUUGCUCGUAACGCAGCGAGGUCGAACAAUGUCGUUUAUUUCUUCGAGCACGAAGAAGAGGAAGCCGAAUUUGUGCGGACUUUUACCGAUACCGAGGUGGUGUAAAUCGCGAUGUUUUUGGAACUGUAUAGCGCCAUGCACGGGCGAUCACAUCAGGCACCCGGUUCUUUACGAACUGUCCAGCAAGUAUGGAGUGGCCGGCAGUGACCAGGUGCCCUUGCCGGUUCGUCUCGACGAGCUCCGGGAGCACAUACGCCGAGAGAUACGCAAGGAGUUGAAAAUAAAGGCCGGCGCCGAGAAGCUGAGGGAGGUCGCGACCGAUCGUAAAGCGCUGUCGGACGUCGCGACGAUCGUGAAAAAGGCGAACAGCAAACUGAACGAGCUCCAGGCGGAGCUUCAGCAGCUCGAGAGUCAAAUUAUAUUGACGCAGGGCCAGCCCCAGUCGCCCCAGCAAAAUCACUCGAACGGUCAAGACACGCCUCUGUCACCGAUGGGGCCGUCGUCGCCGAGUCAGGAGGGUCUAUUCACGGAUCUUCGUCUUUUGUCCUUGGAGAAGCAGCUCAAUAUCGAACUCAAGGUGAAGCAGGGUGCCGAGAACAUGAUACAGAGCUUGACGAGCGGAAGGGACAAGAAGCUGCUGCAGGAGGCGCAACAAAUGUUGGACGAUUCUCGGGCGAAAAUCGAGUACCUACGCAUGCGGAUAGUGAAAGUGCGGCAAGCGCGUCAACAGCAACACGCACGAGGCGACGCACCGCCACCGAAUGGCGAGACAACUAGCAAUAAAGACAGGUACGAGCCUAGUCUGGAGCUCGCGCUGGAGGAAAGGGUGGAGGAGCUGAGACAUCGCCUGCGAAUCGAAGCUGCCGUCGUAGAAGGGGCUAAGAACGUGAUACGUCUUCUACAAAGUGCCAAAGUCGCUGAUAAGAAGGCCUUAACGGAGGCUCAGGCAAGCCUUGCAGAAUCGAGUAGGAAACUGGACUUAUUGAGAUUAUCCCUUGAACUUAGAAGGCAGGAGUUACCUCCUGACAGCGGCACAGCUGCUCAAUUAAAGAGAGAAUUAGCUAGCGUGCAAUCGGCUAGCCCAGUUCCCGUGACUUACACGUCGCUGCAACCAUUUCGUGGUCCGUUGGAAGGUAGGGCUACCGUGCCUGCUUCGGUAUCCAGGUGUGCAGCUGUUACUGGACAGUUGGAGGUUAGGCUAAUGGGAUGCCAAGACUUGGCGGAAGAAAUACCUGGGCGUACAAGAAGAGAGCACCCAGCGAGUCCAGAUUUACGUAGUUUCGUUAAGGGAGUCACGGGACGUAGUUCGAGCAAAUCGUACAGCGUUAAGGAUGAAACGAGUAAUGAUAUUAUGGCGGUUAUUAAAUUGGACAACCAAACAGUAGCGCAAACAAGUUGGCGACCGUGUUCCCAGCAGGCUUGGGAUCAAAGGUUUUCCAUCGAACUAGAUAAAUCAAGGGAACUCGAAAUAGGCAUUUACUGGAAGGAUUGGAGAUCUCUUUGCGCCGUCAAGUUUCUACGUUUAGAGGAGUUCAUCGACGACGUGAGACAUGGAAUGGCGCUCCAGUUGGAGCCGCAGGGCCUCCUUUUCGCCGAGAUCAAAUUCUUGAAUCCCAUGAUUUCGAGAAAGCCUAAAUUGCAACGGCAACGCAAGAUUUUCAAGCAACAAGUGAAAAAUUUCCCGAGAGCCAAUCAAAUGAACAUUAACGUUGCUACAUGGGGUCGACUUCUGAAACGAUCAGCCCCUUCGUUACACAAUACGAGAAAUUCGGAAAGUCCGCCAUCAGGACCGCAACCUUUGCAGCUAGUUUUCGAUAGCUCGAUGGAGGAUAAGCCCGAGACACCCGGGGAAUUGCCUGAUCCAGAUAAAGGGGGUUUGGGAGGGGCACGACCUCUGGGAUUAUCGGCCUCGAGUAGUAGUCCUACACUGCCACGUCCCCCGGAACAUCCUCCACCCCCACCACCUACAGUCACCAAGAAGCUCUCAUUGCCAGCACCGCCACCACCUCCGAAAUUAGAUCAAGAAUUACAGAGUGCAUUAAGGGAGUUUGAUUUCCUGCACAACGAAGAAAAGGGGGGGUCUCAGGGUGCAAAUUUGAGGCCUCUCGUUACAGAGCCUCGUCCCGUGCUGAUCGCACCACCCUCUCCACGCACACCCUCGCCCCAACCCGUCGUCGAGUUUCCUGAAGACGAGGUCGUGUACGAAAUUCCGACUAAGCCUUCUCAAUACAGGGACAGCGCCUACGAGUCCAGAAGGCAUUCGCAACUUACUGGAAUGACUAUAGAUAAUUUUAGGUUACUCUCUGUUCUUGGCCGUGGUCAUUUCGGUAAAGUAAUUCUGUCGCAGUACAGAAACACAGGAGAAUAUUUCGCGAUCAAGGCGCUGAAGAAGGGGGACAUAAUAGCGAGAGACGAAGUGGAGUCGUUGCUCUCGGAGAAACGAAUAUUCGAAGUGGCCAACGCUACUCGUCAUCCUUUCCUCGUGAACCUCUUUGCUUGUUUCCAAACCGAGGCGCACGUGUGCUUCGUAAUGGAGUACGCAGCUGGCGGUGAUCUUAUGAUGCACAUACACGCAGAUGUUUUCGGAGAACCACGAGCUGUAUUUUACUCGGCCUGCGUCGUCUUGGGAUUGCAAUACUUGCAUGAGAGUCGAAUUAUCUACAGAGAUUUGAAAUUAGACAAUUUAUUAUUGGAUACGGAGGGUUACGUAAAGAUAGCAGAUUUCGGCUUGUGUAAAGAAGGAAUGGGAUAUGGAGAUAGGACAGGAACUUUUUGCGGGACACCGGAAUUCUUGGCACCCGAGGUUCUCACCGAAACCUCGUAUACGCGUGCCGUGGAUUGGUGGGGUCUCGGAGUAUUAAUAUUUGAAAUGCUCGUUGGCGAGUCACCAUUCCCCGGUGACGACGAGGAAGAAGUAUUCGAUUCCAUUGUAAACGAUGAAGUUCGCUACCCGCGAUUUCUUUCUUUGGAAGCAGUGGCAAUAAUGCGGAGGUUGCUAAGGAAAAAUCCCGAUAGAAGAUUGGGCAGCAGUGAAAGGGAUGCCGAGGAUGUUAAAAAGCAAGCAUUCUUCAGACAUAUAGCUUGGGAUGAUUUGCUCUUGAGACGCGUGAAACCACCGUUCGUUCCAGUAAUCCGUUCUGUGGAAGAUGUCAGUAAUUUCGACGAAGAAUUUACAUCAGAGAAACCUCACCUAACUCCGCCUAAAGAUCCUAGACCACUUAACGACUUAGAACAAGGUCUAUUUAAAGAUUUUACAUACAUGGCUGACUGGUGCUAGCCAUAAAUGAUGAUGUUGAUCGUUCUUUUUUUUUUUUUUUUGUUCGUUAAAUUUGAUACGCAAAUCAUUUAGUAUUCUAUUUACUUUUUCAGACAUCAUUUUAGGGGCAAUUGAAUCGCAAUCAGUAACAUCGGUGAUUAUAUAUGUGUUUGUUUAAUUGACAGAAUAUGUUCCACUUUUCGUAAUGUUAUGUAUUGUACAGAUGUUUUAUUUUUAGUAUCAUGAUAUAAUCGGAUAUAGAGAAUUAAAAAAAAAAAGAUAAUUAUGUUCUACCGUUGAAUCUCAGGUUUUUAAUUAAUUUAUGAAUUCAGGCUUUUAACUCGUAGCUAUACAUUCAGAUUUACAUUUAUCGCAAUCAUUUUCAAUAUACGAUGUAAGAAACAUUUGUAGUCAUUCGAAAUAUUUUAAAGUGAUAUUCACGUUCAAUCAACUGACGAGACAAGGAUGGAAACAUAAAUAGUACACAUACUUUUGUAGCACGUAGUAUAUUUUGAUACGAACCCAUUGCUGUUUGGGAUCUAAAUUUGUAAAGAUUUCUACGCUUCGUAAGAAGUUCAUCGAUACUUGUAAUUAUGAUUCUAAAUACCGACCAAACGUAUGAAAUUACUUCUGUUUAAAUCAAAGUAUUAUUUUACAAUUUUCAUCAUACACGUACCAUUCUUAUGUAUAAUAAUCACGUUUUCAACUACUUCAGAUUUAUAUCCUCGUAUAACGUCAAGGAUAAUCGCUGUAUAAACAUACGAUAAUUCAUAAAGUGCAGAAAAUAAAUCAAAACGUAGUUGUAUUUGCUCAUGCUCAUGUGAUAGGGAAUUGAACGAAGAAAUGGCACUAUGUACAACAAUGUUAAUCGAUGUAACUACAGCUAACACUGGGCACUAUCGUUACGUUAGUCACGCAUACAUUAACAUUAACGCGAUCAGAAGACGAGAACAGUUAUUUACAAUUAACUCGACAUCAGAUAUUUAAGGAACAUCCGAAUAUAUCGACUUCCUUUUUGUCGUACAAAUUUCUCCAGGUUUGAUUCCUAUGAAAUAAUCCCUAUUAAUUCUACUGUAUCAUUUAGUUACAUAUUUUUACGUUUCCGGUAUGUGAUAGAAUACUCGUGGUGUUCUAGUGCUAUACUUUGUAAAUAUGUAACCAAACGUGAAAAAGUAAUAAUGCAUAAGAUCCAUAAGUACAAUAGUUCAGCUCGAUAUAUUAUACAGUACUAUAUCACAAGGGUAACACAAGUUCGUAGUAGCACACUAUUAGUACUCAUAUUCACGUUUAAUUAUAGACAUCACAUUACAGUUUCCUUAUAUUUCACUUUUGUACGACGGUUUUCUAGACGAUUACGAACACCUUGUACAAUCAUCAUAAAUAUAUGCAUUACAUCUUAGGUGUCGAAAAAGUUUUGUACUAACAUCGUUUUAAUGCCUUGUUAGGAUUCUUGUCUUCUACAUUCUGUAAAUUUAUCUAAAACAGUAAAUCAUAGAACGUAUAAUACACUAGUUACUACUAAGAGUUGCAAUGCAUAACUACAUCGGUGAUUUCUUCGUUAAUAACGUCGUCGAGUCAUCAAAUUCAUUUCUAAUGUAAUUUUCUAAGACAUUUGAAACCAUGAAUGGAUAGUAUGUUUUGUAUAAAAGAAUCUUUUCAAUGGAACCUAACAAAGUAUAUAAAUUGCUUUUAUUUACGUAAAUUCUAAUUACAUUUCUGCGAAAGGUAUCGGUCUGAACAAUUUACGGAAAAUCGACAGUGGAUUACGAUAUUUACAAAUUGCAAUGCUGUGAUAAUAAAAUGGAUGGGUUUCAUUUGGUGUUUUCUUGCACUAUGAAUUCAAUAGUUUAAAAUUGAGAUCGUCGUUUAUCUUCUCAAGAAAAAAAAAAGUAUUUAAAAUUGUGAACCAGAAAGCUGAUUGUGUCACGUGUGAUAGUUUCGAGUACAUCUCGAAUUCUAGUUGCCUUAAUGCACCAAUAAAUUAUCAUUUGGUAACUAUUUUUUACCGAGACCAUGUACAUUGAAACGGAUACCUACUUAUACAGAGGUGCUCAUGUAACACAUUAUUUGUAAUGUGCCUGUUUUUAUAUAAUUCUCAUAUGUAGGUUUUAAAGUUUAGCCGAAUAAUUAUAAUAUAACCUUAGUUAGAAGAUACAGGAACAUUAAAAACUGUAAUUACACUUCGUUUAUGUAAAGGACAAGAAAAUAUUGAAUUAAAACAAUGUCCUCUUUUUGUUCGUCAACCUUGACAGAAAAUAUGUUGUAUCGGAAUUCUCGUAAAUUUCUGUUUAUUUUUGUCUUUAUAUAAUAAGUUACGUUACUUCUAUGUGUCCAACUGCCAAACUACACGUUUACAUAAAAAGGAAUCGUUCUACGCUAAAACAUAUUUUCUUGUCGACGUAUUAAUUAUAUACUAUGUUACAUUUGAAACGUAUGUAUACUUAUAAAUAUACAGUACAUAUACAUAUACGAUACGGAUACGAGAGAAAAAAAAAUACUGUAUUAACAAUCGCGUACAUAAGCGGCUUUUACAAGCGUGAAAAUUAUGUAUACUGCAACUUUAAAAAUGAAGUGUCGUUCGAAAACUGAUGAUUGAAAAAUGUAUAUACAAUACAAGUGUCGCCAAUUUUUUUUUUGUA